AGCCAAAUCGAAAAACGGGGGGAGAUCUUUGCGAGAAAGGCUAGAAAAAAUCGGUUUGAAUUUACCAGCCGGCAGGCGUAAGGCCGCAAAUGUCACUUUACUCACCUCCCUGGUGGAAGGUGAGGCCGUUCAUUUAGCUCGGGAUUUUGGGUACAUCUGCGAAACGGAAUUUCCAGCCAAAGCUGUUUCUGAGUACCUGAACAGACAGCACACGGACCCCAGCGACCUCCACUCCAGGAAAAACAUGCUGCUUGCUACAAAGCAACUUUGUAAAGAAUUUACAGAUCUCUUGGCCCAGGACAGGACGCCCAUUGGAAACAGCCGGCCCACCCCUAUUUUGGAACCGGGCAUUCAGAGCUGCUUGACUCACUUCAGCCUCAUCACUCACGGCUUUGGGGCCCCCGCUAUCUGCGCUGCCCUCACGGCCCUUCAAAACUACCUGACUGAAGCUCUCAAAGGCAUGGACAAGAUGUUCUUGAACAACAACACUGCUAACAGGCACACAUCUGGCGAAGGACCAGGUAGUAAAACUGGAGACAAGGAAGAGAAACACAGAAAAUGAGAGAGAGAGAGAGGAAAAAAA